AUGAUAGUCAAGAGGAAACCAAGAAGGCCACCAAGAAAACCAGAUGGCAGGGGUGAUCAGAUGACCCUUCCGCCUUACACAAAACGAGUUCGUACAUCUGAGACAAAGGUGUACAACAAUCAGCUCUAUAAUUCCCGCUUUGGACCCCUAGAGGAUUUGGAUGUAGAACAACUGGAUUCACCACAGGCUCAAACACCCAGGGAAGCUACUAAAAAUGUCAUUCCCCGUCUCUCAGAGGCAAUUGUUAACCAACCUAAUAAAAACCAGCAGGGAGCCAAGGCAAUUACAGGGGAAGAGAAUUGUCAAGGUGCGGCGUCUCGGUCGUUUCGCCGCACCUUCUUACAAUAUAUUAGAGUUUACAAACCUGACGUUGCACGUCUUUUGGAGCCUAAGGUUUCAGGCGAUCAUGCGGAUAAAAUUUGUUUUGAAUUCGGCUUUAAUGAAUGGGUUACAGUUGAAGCAUUUGGCUUCUCGGGAGGCAUCUGGGUAUUUUGGAGGGACUCCUCACUGGUAGAAGUCCUUCAUACCCACCCCCAGUUUAUUCUAUUAAAAAUAACAGAGAACACUCAAAAGCAGUGGUUCUUGUCAGUAGUUUACGGAAGUCCCAAUCGCUCUCUAAGAAGGGAUCUGUACUUGAAGUUAAACCAAGAAGACCUUAAUAUUUGUGUUGCUCUGUUGUCAACAGGAGACUACAACUCAGUAUUAUGUAGAGAUGAGGUGACUAAUAGUAAUAGUUUUUCGUUCAAUCGUAAUGCAGGUUUCAGCAACUGGAUUUUUGGGGAGGGACUAAUUGAUUUGGGCUUCAAAGGACCAAGGUACACAUGGUGUAGAGGGACGAAACCAGGCACAUUUAGAGCAGCCAGAUUGGAUCGUGCAGUGUGUAAUGUUGAUUGGAAGAUCAUGUUCCUAGAGACGAAAGUCACUCACCUUCCAAUGGUUAACUCGGACCACUCUCCCCUAUUGAUCACAACAAACCCAAACAUCGUCAGUGAAGGAAACAAGAAUUUUAAGUUCAGUGCAGCAUGGUUGACACAUCCCGAUUUCCUUAAGGUGGUGGAGGAGAACUGGCGCAGAGAGCAAGAUGUUGAAGUGAACAGGAGAAACCUUGCACAAAAACUGGAUGAAUGGAACAAGAAUUGCUUUGGCAACAUAUUUCAUAGGAAGAGAGAGUACGACGAAAUUCUAGCACAAGAAGAGCUUCUCUGGUUCCAACGAUCUCUAGAAGAAUGGAUAACGUCAGGAGACCUAAACACGAGGUUCUACCAUGCAUCAACCGAAGCUAAGAAAGGAGCCCAUAAGAUCAGUAGUCUCAAGGAUGACAGCGGCAAUCUACUAACGGAUGAUCAGGAGGCACUGGAUCACAUUGUCAAUUUCUUCAUGAAUCUAUUCACAGAGGACACUAUAAUAUCCCCUCAGGAACUCACAAGCCGAAAGUUCCCUGAGCUAAACGAAGCACAAUGGCGAUUGUUAAACAGACCAUUCUCCAGUGAAGAAAUUAGGCAAGCCCUAUUUGAUAUGGCACCUCUCAAAGCACCUGGUCCGGAUGGGUUCCAUGUAAUUUUUUACCAAAAAGCAUGGGCAACUGUGGGGAGAAGUAUAACAAAAGCUGUCUUAAAAGCAUUAGAUACAGGCGAAAUACCAGAAGGGUGGAACAACACCAUAAUAUCCCUCAUUCCCAAGGUUCAGAGCCCAGAAUCUGUUAAGCAACUAAGGCCGAUCGGAUUAUGCAAUAUUACGUACAAACUGGUAUCUAAGACGUUAGCUACAAGAAUGAGAAGUAUAAUGCAGUCACUCAUUGGUCAACAACAAGCUAGCUUCAUCCCAGGGAGGCAGACGCCAACCAGGGGAAUCCGGCAAGGGGAUCCCAUAUCUCCCCUAGUUUUUGUCCUAUGUGUGGAACGGCUAAGUCACAUGAUUGAAGAAGCUAGAAGGAUUGGAAAGUGGAAUGGAAUUAUGAUAACCAACGAAGGGCCAUGUUUAACCCACCUCCUCUUUACGGAUGACAUGAUCCUAAUGGGAGAAGCAACUGUACAACAGGCUGAAAUUAUCAAACAGACUUUGGAGGUAUUUUGCAAAUAUUCUGGAAAUUAA